AUGCAGUCCUAUCUGCAAUUCCGACGAUUGGGAAAUGCCGUCCACAGACAGCUCAAUGAUGCCCCCGAACGCGGCGCCGCUUUCCCCGUGAACGAGACUCCCUUGGAAACAGAAGCUCCGACGCCAUCGGAUCAGACAGAUGACGAUGUCACUGAAUCGGAGUCGCCCCCUCUUGCGCAGAAGCCGACGCAGUAUUCGGAGAAAACAGCAUUCGGCAGAUCCCUGGCCGGGGUUGAUAUAAAGAAACAGCUCGAUCCCAAGUCUCAUAUCUUCAUUGUUGGGUGGGAACAUGAGAAUGAUCCGCUCAACCCUCGCAAUUAUAGUACUACGAGUCGCAUGGUCGCCACUUUGCUCGUCACCGCAUUGGCUUUCAUUGUUGGAGCUGCGUCGGCUAUCGAGUCCGGGGUUUUGCCUCAAAUCACGGAGUAUUACGAUGUGAGCGAAGUUGUGGGAUCGUUGGUUACUGGUAUCUACUUGCUCGGAUUCGCCGCCGGUUCGCUGGUUAGCGGACCUCUGUCUGAAAUCCUCGGCCGCAAUGCUGUCUACGCCGGCUCUCUUACUCUUUUCAUGAUUUUCAUCAUGGGAUCAGCCUUGGCUCCAAAUAUCGGUGCCCAACUGGCCUUCCGCUUUUUGGCUGGCAUCUUUGGCUGCCCGCCUUUAACCUGCGCAGGUGGUACCAUUGCGGACCUAUGGAAUCCUCUUGAGAAGACGCUCACUUUCCCCAUGUAUGCCAUCUUGUCAUUCGGUGGACCUGUCUUGGCCCCAGUUAUUGCAUCGUACAUCGGCCAAACAGGGGUUCUCUCGUGGCAAUGGACGGCUUGGAUCAUUCUCAUAGCCUCCGGUGCAAUCAUGGCUCUUAUCAUUCUGUUCCAGCCCGAGACCUACUCCCCACUGCUCCUCAAAUGGAAAGGAAAGCAUUUGCGCAAGGCAACAGGUGAUAACCGCUUCCGCUCAGAAAUGGACAUGGAGAAAAUCCCACUGUUCACUCGCAUCGGUGGUGCCCUGAAACGCCAGUUCCUCAUCACUUUCCAGGAACCCAUCAUCCUCUUGAUUUCCAUGUACAUGACCGUUCUGUACAUCGUCCUCUUCACCUUCUUUGAUGGCUAUACUUACAUCUUCACUGAUGUAUAUGGCAUUUCACAAGGACUAACCAACAUCACCUGGGUGGCAAUGUACGUUGGGAUCAUGCUCGCAGGUCUCCUCGCAUUCCCAAUUUACCACUGGACAAAGCGCGAUUUCACCGCAGCCGCCAAAGCAAAGAACGGAACUGACCCAGCGACCGAUCCUCACGCUUUGGACAACAUCCACACUCAACCCGAGAUCAGACUUUGGUUUGCCAUGGUCGGCGCACCACUGAUUCCUAUCAGUUUGUUCUGGAUGGGCUGGACCGAUUUCGCCUCCGUCUCAAUCUGGUCCCCUAUAAUUGCAUCUUCUUUCUUCGGCUUUGGCGCCAUUUGCAUCUUCAUCAGUUCCUACAUGUACGUCAUCGACUCGUACGGUAUCUAUGCUGCCUCCGCUUUGGGUUUCAUGACUGUCUCGCGGUACUUUGCUGCGGGCGGUAUGACUGUGGUUGGGAUUCCAUUCUACAAGAAUAUGGGUGUUCAUUACACUCUUACCAUUCUUGCGUGUAUUAGUGCUGUCAUGGUUCCUGUGCCGUAUGUGUUCUAUCGGUAUGGAACUGUCAUUCGGAAGUGGAGUCGGUAUGCUAUUACUGAGGUGACG